AUGGAAUCGAAGCCACGUUCCAAACAUCGCAACGUCUUAUAUGGAGUCGACUUGGAAAAGGUCAAAGAACUUUCAAAACACACCGGCCUCUUAGUUUUAAGGAUUAGAAACUAUGGAACUCUUAAUAUUGGGAAACCUUCAUAUAACAAUUCUUCGGACUCGCAAGAAUCUUCGGAAUCCACAGACAUCCCUUUGGUGUCAACUCCAAUUAACGUCGAGAAAAAAAAUCGAAGAGAACGCAGUAAACAUCGACAUCACCACAGAGAACAUAACACACCAAAACAAGAAGAGCAACAAACGAACACAACGACUCAAACUCAUUUAAAAAAGGAGAUGAAAGACUUGAAAAAGUCUUCUAACACCCAAAACAUCGAAAAGGAAAAGGAAGAAACUGUUGAACACAAUAAAGAAGACGUGGACACCAAAAAGUCAAAUGGCUUAAAAAUCGAGGAACUUGACGACGAAGGGAAGGUGAUAUCGGAAGUCACUCCAUUCGAGACAGAACACACCGGCGUACCAAAGAAUUUUGCAAAUGCGACAAAUGACCCGGAGAUCGAUCAACAACUCGCAAUGGGAUAUUUCUUAGUGAACAAUGGAAAGCUUCAGGACGCCAUUAAGUACUUGACACAAUUUUUAGUGAAGUAUCCGAAAGUUGCUGGAGGAUAUAUUGCAAGAGGGACUGCACUUGCUAUGGGAGGCGCUUUUAAUGAAGCUGUUGCGGACUUCGGUUCUGCUAUUACGUUAGACCCGGACAACUUCGACGCACAUAAAAGAAGAGGACAGACACUUAUUGGGAUUGGAAAGUUGCCGGAAGCGCUUGCUGAUAUGGACGCAGCUGUUAAACUGUCGAAAGGAAAAGAUCCGGAUGUAUACAAGCAACGAGGCAUUGUCCAUCAAAUGAUGAGAAAUUAUGAGAAGGCAAGAGACGACUUUGAAGUUGUUGUGAAAAAGAUGCCGGGAGAUGCGGUCUCAUGGAACCAUUUUGGGUUGAACAACACAGCUCUUGGGUUAUUCAGAGAAGCUGCUGAAGGGUUUGGUCGUGCCGUGUCGAUUAAUCCCGAGUUUGUCGAGUGUUAUGUGAACUUGGCGCAAUUGGAAAAGGACGCCGGACAACCAAAACGCGCUGAAGGAGUAUUUAAAAUCAUUUUUAAUAAAGUACCAAAACACCCGUUUGCACAUUACUUGAGGGGAGUCAUGUUACAACAAAUUGGAAAUCACAUUGAAGCAACAAAGGAAUUUGACAUCUCUGUUGCUAAUAUGAAUGAUGAGAAAUAUGGCAUGAAAACUGAAUCGGAUAAAGUCGUCGACUUGUGGAGAUAUAGAGGAGUCACUGAAUCUGGCUCUGGACAGUUUAGAAAGGCUGCGAAGGACUUUGACGAAGCCAGUGAAAUCAAAUGCGACGACUCUGCCUGGUAUAUGAAAGAAGUCGCGAUGUACACCCAUCAUAUGCUUGAUAAGGAAUUCAAAAAGUGGAACUUAGACUCGUUCGAUCCAUUGUUUAAAGAAGGAUUUUGUAAACACUUGAUUCCAGCAGCGUUGCAUCGUUACGACGAACAGCCAGGGUUUGAUGAUAACGUCAAAGACAUAACAGAAAACGAUGUCCCUUCUGAGGAAGUCAUUAAACAGAUUUUGUACCCAGCGAUGAACAUUGGAAAGUACAUGCAAUAUGAGUCACAAGGUUUUGUACACAACGUCACACAAUAUUUGAUGGCUGGUAUGUCUGCAAUCGAAAUUGGAAAAUUGAUUCGAGCGAGGAUACCGCAAUGGGCAAAGGGUGGGUUGACACAAGAAGAAGCGCAAAAACAAAUUGGUAAAAUCACAUGGAGAGAAAUGAUGGAGAUAUCGACAAGGUGGAGACAAGUAAGUGAACCAAAUGAUCCAGUCUUUUGGAUUGACGGAUUAACUCCGGAUCAAUUUGAAGAAGGGUUUGGUGCGCAUACCCCAAUGUAUACUGGACAAGGGAGAGUUAUCAGAUACUUCUGUCAAUACAACAGAGCAUUUAAAUUGGUCCAGAAGCUCUUACCAGAACAGGUCACAUUAAAACCUGAAUGGGCCAAACGUGUGAAAGAAGCGAAGAAUAUCGACGACAUCUUAAAACUCGUUGAAAGUAAUUUCCAAGUCGUUACGCCAUGCCGGUCGGACAACUUUGAUGAUCCAAAGACUGGAGAGAGAAUUGUGUAUGAUGGCACAAAUCUCGUCACUGAAAUGAAAGAACCGUAUGGGUAUGACUUUGCCAUCAAAACAACAUGCAAAAGAUCAAGAUGGACCCAAUACGAUAAGGAACUGGAGGCAUGUUGGAACAAACUUCAACUCUUAGUCCUAACGAGGAAGACUGAGAAAUUUGAGAAUGACGAGUUUGAGAAAAUCAUAAGGGCGAUGUACUCAUUCACGUUCUUCUGGUAUAACUUCAUGCCUUUGACUCGUGGAACAGCAGCGGGCGGAAUGGUCUUCAUGAUGGCGAUACUUGCUUCAUUGGGAAAACAAGUUGGCAAACAUAUUCCCACGGGCAUGCAAACGGAUUGGGAAGCGAUUUUGUGCGAGUACCCAAGCAAGUUUGCGGACGUGAUGUAUGGCUGGAUGAAAGACUCAAUCGUCGAUUUGGACAUUGACAAUAUCCCAGUCAUCGAACAAAAACUUCCGACACUCAGAAGUAUCAUUGAGUGCUUCAAUUACUGUCCGAAGGUAAAAUGCGAGUAA